ACCAUUUUGUAUUGUUUAGAAAAUUAGAAUAAAGAUCCGAAUUUGAUUACGACGUUAUCAAUGGAUAUGAAAUCAGCAAUUUCCGAUCAACCUCGUUCGAACGGUGCAGCACGAGACGAUGGUUUAGAUUACCUGAGUCAGGUGGACCAGCUGCUUGUCCAUAAGCAGAAAGAGAUGCUCGAAAUUUUCACAGGUUGGGAAACGCAAAACAAGUACAAGAUAGUUAACUCGAUGGGACAACAGGUAUAUUUCGCCGUUGAAGUGUCUGGUAUGUGGGGGAGGCAAUGCUGCGACAACAUCCGCAGUUUUGCUAUGAAAAUACUUGACACAUCGGGUAAAGAGGUUAUAUACAUGGAGAGACCUUUGAAGUGUACAUCUGUUAUGUGCUGCUUCUGUGGCAACUGCUUGCAGGAAAUGAAAGUGUACGCACCGCGUGGAAACUUGAUUGGAACUAUUCACGAAAUCUUCAAUCCCUGCAAGCCCAAGUUCGUCGUGAAUAAUGGGAGUAAUGACGAGGUGUUCCGAUUGGCGGGAGAUGCGUGCGCAUGCGCGUGCAUCGGAGGCAGCGUCAAUUUUGAGGUGAAUUAUUGUCACGAGUUCUUAUAG